AUGCCGGCUAGAAAAUCCACCGUUCAGCAAUCUGCAGAGUCUGUGGCUGCAGAGUCCAGAGUUCCAUCUCGAGCUAGCUCACCCGUCGGGGACGAGGACGAGGAGCCUUUCUUCGACAUGAUAGAGGAACUCCAGAACCAUGGCAUCAAUGCACAGGAUAUUGCUAAGCUCAAGUCUGCUGCACUCAAUACGGUCACAGGAGUUCGGAUGACUCCAAAGCGCCAGCUCCUCAAGAUAAAGGGUUUAUCUGAAGCAAAGGUAGAUAAGAUCAAGGAAGCAGUGCAGAAGAUUUUGGGCUCUUCCUUCUCCACUGGCGUCGAAGUAUCGGAAAAGAGGAAGAGAGUCACCAGUAUCAGUACUGGGAGCAAGGCGGUCGAUGCUAUUCUUGGCGGAGGAAUCCAAACCCAGUCGAUUUCCGAGGUUUAUGGCGAGUUUCGGACUGGAAAGACGCAGUUGGCACACACUAUGUCCGUCCUGGCGCAGUUGCCCGCUGACAUGGGAGGCGGUGGCGGAAAGGUUGCAUACAUAGAUACCGAAGGCACCUUUCGACCCGACCGUAUUCGUGCCAUUGCUGAUCGAUUUGGCGUUGAUGGAGAAACUGCACUGAGCAAUAUACUCUAUGCUCGGGCAUUCAAUAGCGAACAUCAGAUGGAACUUAUUAACGAAGCUACCACCCGUUUUGCCGAGGAAAAGGAUUAUAAGCUCAUGAUUGUCGACAGUAUCAUGGCACUCUUUCGCACGGACUUCUCGGGAAGAGGCGAGUUGAGCGAGAGGCAGCAGAAGCUCGCCUCGAUGCUUUCAAAGCUUAGCAAAAUCGCAGAAGAGUACAAUCUCGCUAUUCUUCUGACGAAUCAAGUGCAAUCUGACCCUGGGGCGACCAUGACUUUCGUUGCUGGCGGCGCGCUCAAGCCGAUUGGGGGUCAUAUACUCGCUCAUGCUUCGGCUACCCGAAUGUUCCUCCGUAAAGGGCGUGGAGAAGAGCGCGUUGCAAAACUGGUAGACUCGCCUGAUCGCCCUGAGAGCGAAGCGACAUACAAGCUCGACGAAGGCGGCUGGUCUGACAUUUGA